AUGUCCGGCAAAAGAAGAAUAUCCGAAAACAAUGAUAUUGGAAAAAAAGUUAAACGAGCAGCUAGACAGAGGGACAAUACAGAAAAACAGCAAUUAAACGCUUUUUAUAUAGAUUCAUCAGGAAAUCAAGUUCCCACAGGAGUAUCAUUCCCGCAAAAUCAGCUCUCUUUAAUUAGUCAUAAAAAGAUUAAGAGUCUAUCGCAAAAUGCAUUGAAAGAAAACUUGAGAAAUGCUGCAAAUCAGACACAGCCAACGCUACCUACGGACAAUAGUACAGCACCUCCUUUAAUUACAACAUCGUUUCGAAAAAGUAUUUGUGCAUCAAAAAAUCAUGAUGAACAAUAUGCUGAUCACUUGGCUAACAUUCUUAUGGGGAAUACUCAAAACAGCGCUAAUGGAAAUAACAAACAGCAGAUGAUUGAUUUAAACCAAAGUUUUGUGACAGCACCCACAUCACCCACAUCAACCAGUUGCGUCAAAAUUCCACGAUAAGCGUUAGUCCAAUAACAACAAUUCCUAGGAAACAAAGAGCAUGUCCGUCAACAAUUGUUAGUGGAGCCUUAUUAAGCGGUAAUAAAUCCAUGCAAUC